GGGGGCGCGCGUUCGUCUGUCGGCGGCCGCGGGGCGCAGGGCAGAGACGCGGCCCGGCCCGGCCGCCCCGCAGCCCGCGAUGCACUCGGAUUGCCGGCCACGCCGCGGGGCAUGGUGAGCCCGGGGCGGCCGCUCCCCGCGGGGACCCGGCAGGCGGCCUCGCUGCUCCGCUUCGGCCUCCUCCUCCUGCCGCCGCUUUUACGGGGCUCCGGGGCGCAGAAAGGUGAUGGAUGUGGACACACCAUUCUGGGCCCUGAAAGUGGAACUCUUGCUUCGAUAAACUACCCACAGACCUCUCCCAAUAGUACAGUCUGUGAAUGGGAAAUUCGUGUAAAACCUGGGCAGCGAAUUCAGCUCAAAUUUGGUGAUUUAGAUAUUGAUGACUCAGAUUCUUGUCAUUCCAGUUACUUGAGAGUUCACAAUGGGAUUGGCCCCACCAGGACAGAGAUAGGAAAGUACUGUGGAUUUGGCUUUCAAAUGGAUGGCUUAAUAACUUCAAGAAGUAAUGAAGUCACAGUACAGUUCAUGAGUGGAGUACACACUUCAGGGCGUGGAUUUCUCGCAGCUUACUCAACCACUGACAAAUCAGACCUAAUUACCUGUUUAGACAAUGCAAGUCACUUUUCCGAACCAGAAUUCAAUAAGUAUUGCCCAGCUGGAUGUGUGAUUCCUUUUGCGGAUAUUUCAGGCACUAUUCCCCAUGGAUACAGAGAUUCAUCGUCACUUUGCAUGGCUGGCGUUCAUGCAGGCGUCGUGUCAAAUAUUCUGGGUGGCCAAAUUAACGUUGUAAUCAGCAAAGGCAUUCCAUAUUAUGAAGGCUCCCUGGCUAACAAUGUCACCUCAAAAGUGGGACCGUUAUCUACAAGUCUCUUCACAUUUAAGACUAGCGGUUGUUAUGGGACACUGGGAAUGGAAUCCGGGGUAAUCUCUGAUUUGCAGAUCACAGCAUCAUCUAUUCUUGAGUGGCCUGACCAAACAGGACGAGUGAACACUUGGAAACCUAAAAAUGCCAGACUGAAAAGGCACGGGCCUCCUUGGGCUGCUUUGGACAGUGAUGAACGUCAGUGGCUGCAGAUAGACUUGAAUAAAGAAAAGAGAAUUACAGGUAUUAUAACUACUGGAUCAACCUUAGCAGAGUACUACUAUUAUGUCUCAGCCUACAGAAUUUUAUACAGUGAUGAUGCACAAAAGUGGACAGUAUACAGAGAACCUGGCAUUCAUAAAGACAAGGUAUUUCAAGGGAACACUGAAUUGUACCAGGAAGUUCGCAAUAAUUUCAUCCCACCCAUUAUUGCACGAUUUGUUAGGAUUAACCCCUUAAAAUGGCACCAGAAAAUUGCAAUGAAAGUAGAAUUGCUAGGAUGUCAGUUCAGUAUAGUCCGUGCACCUAAAAUCACCAUGCUGCCUCCACCACCACCUCAGGACAACAACAACAAGGUUGAUGACUUCAGUGAGGACUUCAUCCACUCGGUGAAGACUUCGUUGCAGACAGAUAAAACAACUUUCACACCAGAAAUAAAAAACACCACGGUGACUCCAAGCGUAACCAAAGAUGUGGCAUUGGCAGCAGUUCUGGUUCCAGUGCUGGUGAUGGUCUUCACUACUCUGAUUCUUAUCUUAGUUUGUGCGUGGCAUUGGAGAAACCGCAAGAAAAAAACCGAGGGCACGUAUGAUCUACCUUACUGGGAUCGUGCAGGAUGGUGGAAAGGAAUGAAGCAGUUUCUCCCCACCAAGUCAGCAGAACAUGAAGAAACUCCUGUACGCUACAGCAGCAGUGAAAUUGGUCGCCUCAGACCAAGAGAAGUUCCAACAAUGUUGCAGACAGAAUCUGCAGAGUACGCUCAGCCACUGGUAGGGGGCAUUGUCGGCACGCUUCAUCAGAGAUCGACCUUCAAACCAGAGGAAGGAAAAGAAGCAAGUUACGCUGAUUUGGACCCUUACAAUUCGCCUGUACAAGAAGUUUAUCAUGCCUAUGCUGAACCACUACCUAUAACUGGACCAGAAUACGCGACUCCAAUAGUCAUGGACAUGUCCAGCCAUCCCAGCACACCUCUUGGUGUUCCUUCCAUUUCCACCUUCAAAGCUGCAGGGAAUCAAGCUCCUUCACUGGUGGGAACUUACAAUAAGCUCUUGUCCAGGACAGACAGCGCAUCCUCAGCACAGGCACUGUAUGACACACCAAAGGGACAGCCGGGGCCGGGCGCUGCUGACGAGUUGGUCUACCAGGUACCACAGAGCACGGCCCAUUCCACCGCCACUAAGGAUGAACCAAGUUAGCUCAUGAGUAAGGUAGGAAGUUGGCAAACGUGGCUUGUUUUUAAAAGCCAGUUUCGUAAAGCUGACAGAUUCGUUUUUUUUUUAAUCACACUGUUUUGAUACUGUUAGUCUUAAGUAAUACAGUCGUGAACCAAAAGAUGUAUUAUUGAAAAUCUAGGAAACCAGUCAUUCUGCCUUUUCUUAAGCUGAAUUUAUAACCAUGAGCUUUUUUUUUGUUUUUUUUUUACUACUGUACAAUUGUCUGUCAGACAUGAGAGAAGAUCUCUUCAAGAUUAGCUUCAGUAAUUCAUAGAUGUGAAUGAUGAAUUGGGAGAAACAACUGCUGAAAGUAUGAAAGACAGUAAUUUUUUGCUAAUGGUACUAUUUCUGGGGAAAAAUGAUAACCCACGAUCAAGUCUUCAGAUUUUCUAAAAUCUAUAGGCACUGGAACAGGUUGCCCAGAGGUGGUCGAUGCCCCGUCCCUGGAGACAUUGAAGGUCAGGUUGGAGGGGCACUGAGCAACCUGAUCGAGCUGUAGGUGUCCCUGUUCAUUGCAGGGAGAUGGACUAGAGGACCGAUAAGGGUCCCUCUUCCACUGAAGCAAUUCUAUUGUUCUACGAUAUGUAGGUACUGCAGCUUCUAAAAUUCAUUUUACCCUAUAAAAUGCGUGUACAGCCUUGAACUUGGAAAUUCCAUUAACUUCAUGGCAUAAAAAUGGUCGUGAUUGUAAGUUGUUCGUUUUGGCUUUUGUUCACAAGAUUGCUAUGUGUUCCUCAGAAGUUUCCUAUCAUUUUUGUAGCCUUCUGAAACUAGAAUCUGCUGUCUGCGCAACCCAUUUUCUGCCUCAUGUCUUAAGCCACUCAGCCUUCGUGCCCUGCUAGGGAUACAGCAGGUACAGGCGGAAGUCUUACAAGCAAAUUACAUUGCAACUGUUUUCACUCAUUCCCUGCUAAGCGAAGGCUGCUCUAACUCAAGGCAGACCCCAGUCAAACUUCUGCAAGAAGCAUGCAGGCAUUCAAGGUGUCUGAAUGAGUUCAGAGAGGAUCCCUCUCCCACAGCAGUAUCUAACGUUGUAGGUUAAGAUGUGAGCAUAGACGAAGAAAGAUAUGUAUAUACUUUUGUGAGUGCUUGAAGAAGCACACAGGUAUUCUAACAGUGCAUAGUUUGUGUUAAUACAUGCAUUUAGCACGUAUGGUACUUAGAGCACAAUUGGAGAACUUUGGUCCUAGGGCUUUUCUUACUGAUUGUUCUUAGUAAAGGUUUUGGAAUCUUUCAUGCUUUUUACUGAGAACAAUUGCUGUUCCAAAGAGCGUCAAUUUUAGAAGCAUUUGAAUGUUUAUCUUUUGAAUGUUCCAUUUUUCUCUACAAUGAAACAUGGCAGUCAGUCUUCUACUUGAGGUAGCAUAGACUAGUUUUAUCUAGGUAAUCACAAAAUGAGAACCAUUGGGAUGUCGUAAUUGCCACUUUUUUUUUUUUAAAUCUUGUUAGAAAUAAAGCACAGCUUUUUAUCUGAAGUAGUAGAAAAGAGUUCUCAAAUAGCUUUAUUUUUAUUGUAACAGCACUGGUGGGAGGAUGCCAAAUUAAUUUAUAAAUGUGAAAAUCCCUAGCUACACAUUAGCCCAGUUUUAUGGACUGUAAUGGUUACUGUUUGCCUCUGUAAUGUAAUUUAAGUCAGCUCUGGUUGUUGCCCGUGGGCCUUACACGAGGUGGCUCCCAUCUCCAUCCAAGCCAAAGCUGCGUACAAGGGAACAGCCACCGCCUGCUUGUGCAGAGCAGCGCCCUGACUGAGCACUUGAAUCUUUUUGCAGGGAGGCUGUAUACAACUGAAAAACCAGCCUUUCUGGUGGCCUGCCCACCGUCUGGAAUGUUGUCACAUACACUCUGCUGCCUUAAAACUCAAUCCUGUGUUGUUUUGAGCAUGAGAAUGGUAAUUUUUUUUAGAACUGGUGGCCUAAGCCUAAAUAGGAGUAGGCAAGGAAGGGCGGUAUACAAGGCCUAGUAGUGGAAAGGAAUUUCCUGCCUAUAAGUUGUAUUUCUGAUGUAAUUGCAACUUUUUCUGUUUGAUAAAGCUAGUUUGCAGUCCUCGGUGUUUUCUUUAAACAGGCAGGUACGUGCUCCUACCCACGCAGUAGCAUAGUUAUAACUUCGACGUUAUUGCCUUUUAUCUGAAAGAGGUGCAAACAGCCAACCUUCCACCAAGAUGUGACAUACCUAUUCCAAUUCACUUGAAGAAACUUCUGAGCUUUUAGGCUUGGAAACAAAAAUAUCUGCCAUGUGGAUUUGUUUAAGUUGGUAAAAUUAACUAACAGUCUUGGAACCUGCAUUUUAUUUUUAUUGUAGGCUCGGUGUAGUAUAACAGUGAGUGUAACUGUGGGCUAAGGCAGUGUAAGAGUUAGAGUGGGCUACUUUCAAGCAGCCACAGUGCAGUUUCAUUAUCGGAGCAGCAUAAUCUGUUGCAGUUAGGAAUGGAGUGAUGUCCUUUUUAUGAAAGAAAACGGCCCCAUGCUUUGCUCCCUGCUUUCAGCAUUUACACUGUAGCUGCUCAGGCUAAGCUGGAAUUUCUCAUAGUUGGGUUUAAAGUGUAUGCUACGAACUGUUAAACAUCAAUUCCCAAAUGUAAAUCGUGUGACAAACCUAAGAGUAACGUUCUCCCAUGUACAAUGAAAGCAGAGAUACAUUUAAUGGGUCUCAUUUUUACAUGUGAAGAUAUACGGAUAUAAAAUGUAUUUCAGCCUUCUUUGGCUCGAGUAUGUUCUUACCUCAGCAUGUAGCGUAGUUGCUCAGUAUUUGUAUAUGUUGCUAGAAAUUAGACUGUAUAAAUAGUGAGGUUUUUUAAUGUAUGUUAAAAAGUAUUUUAAAUAAAUUGUACAUACCUGUUAUGCUCA